AUGCACGGCGACUUUGCCCGAAAGAUCUCCCCCUCCGAAGAAGCCUUGGCCUUUUACAUUCUCAAGCACCCUCGGAUCUUCCAUCAACGCAAAGUCCUGGUGGUGGGUGCGGGACUGGGCCUGGCCGGCCUAGUUUGCGCCACUUGUACAAAGGCAGAGCAGGUUGUCUUGACAGAUGGUGAUCCUGAGGUUGUGAAGCUCUUGGAAUGUAGCUUGGAACUGAACAAGGAUACCGACACAGCCUCUCUGAAGGUUCAGCAACUGCUGUGGGAGAGAAAGGACUCGUGGCCAGAGCGGGGGUCCUUUGAUAUGGUGCUGGGUGCAGAUGUCGUUUACCUGGAGGAUUUGCAUGCAGCCUUACUGGACAUGAUGGCCCGAGUGCUUCGUCCAGGUGGCCAAGUUCUGCUCUUUGCCUCGAAGCGCCAUGGAUCUCUAGACAAGUUCAUAGCCAGCUCCAAGUCCACUUUCGGAAGCGUAGAGGUCUCAAUGGACUAUGACUUGGAGGUCGAGAAAGCGAUUGGUCGUUCCUCGAAGUGCUUUCCGGUCCUUGUGAAGAUCUCCACACCGCCUGAGGAGCGACGGGAGAUGAGCGAGAACUUCAAUGUGUGUUAUGAAGAAAAUGAUAAAUAA